GCGACUGGUCACAUACCUGGAUUCAUCCACGAGCCAUUCUCUUGUGUAUUGUGACUAUUGAACUGGUGUUUGACUUAAACCUUUAUAAAGGGUAAAGAUCACAAUUCAUGUUUGGGGUUCAUUGUUGAUGGUUUUGUGACACCAUAUUGGAUGCCCCAAGUUCCAUACCGACUUAAUGGAAUGACCACAUACCAGCCAACUACUAGUGAUUCUGCCACGGAGGAGGCACCUUCAUCAUUUAUGAGGACCAGCUACUGGAUGAUGCAAGAACAGUUUGAGCUGGAACCAAAGUGUUUGGGAGGACCACAGUACAUGGUCAAGACGUUGAUCAACAACAUCGGGAGUAUUCCAGAUAACAACUUCAUUCCAGCUGGAGACCUCUGUCAUUUUGCUGGAUUAUAUCUGAGGGCGGCUUUAAACAGCCAACCAACCAACCAUCCAUACUACAAAACAAUGACAUGAACACAUAUGUCAAAUAUUACUUUAUAAUCAUACCAUAAUUCUCAAAACUCCCUCAGAAAAUGAGCCAAUGUUCCAACCUUGGAAAGGCGCUCCAAUCUAUGUCAGCCAUUUGCAAUAAAAGGGAAGGUAACUUUUCUUUCCAUUUCCUGUGCACAUUUAUGUAUAAAAAGGGGAUUUUAUGUCCCUUCAAGUUAUUAAAUUUUGACAGAGUUACCUGCCCGUCAUGAUCACUGAUCAACUCCUAAUAGGAGCCCCUGCCCUAACCCGACCCCUAACACGGUUAGACUUGAGGCUAUGUUAUGUAGGAGCCCC